AUACAGCACCCCAAGCCCGAGUCACCUCCUGUUCUCUUUGUCUGGCCAUGGAGAGCACACGCUGGCUCCGGCAGCUUGCUCCUCUCACCUUCAUCGUCCUCCUGUUAUUCACCACCACCUCUCACUCCAUUAGCACCAACAAUGACCUCGCCACACUCCUGUCGUUCAGAUCCCUCAUAAUCAAGGACCCCUUGCGCGCACUGUCCUCCUGGAAUGCCCUCGGCAACAGCACCUCAAAUGGCACCCAUGGUUUCUGCAGAUGGGCUGGGGUGACAUGCAGGGGCGGCCUCUACCCUGACCGUGUCACCUCCUUGCACCUACGAGGACUUGGCCUCGUCGGUGCCAUCUCUCCGCUCCUCGGCAACCUAACCCGUCUACGUGUGCUUGAUCUCUCGGACAACAAGCUGGAAGGUGAGAUCCCUCCUAGCCUUGGCAACUGCUUCGCACUCCGCAAGCUAAACUUGAGCGCUAAUCUCUUGUCCGGAACCAUUCCUUCCACCAUGGGGCACUUGUCAAAGCUUGUUAUUCUGAAUAUCCGCAACAACAAUAUCUCUGGUCUUGUCCCCUCUUCAUUUGCAAACCUCACAGCACUCACUUUUUUUAGUAUUUCUGAUAACUAUGUUCAUGGGGAGAUUCCACCAUGGCUUGGGAAUUUGACCGUACUGACACAUUUGAACAUUGCUGUGAAUAUGAUGGGUGGCCAUGUCCCACCGGUUUUGGCAAAGCUAACUUACCUUGAAUAUCUUACUAUAGCAGUCAAUAAGUUUGAUGGUGUCAUACAACCAUCCUUGUUUAACAUUUCGUCCCUUGAGGUCCUCGAUCUUGGCUCAAACCAGCUGUCAGGUUCUCUACCUCCAGAUAUGGGUUUUACGCUUCCCAAUCUAAGAGAAUUUUUUGCAUUCUACAACAAGUUUGAAGGCAAAAUCCCAGCUUCGUUGUCAAAUAUCUCUCUGCUUGGAGGGUUGGUCUUCCAUGGAAACAGAUUCCGAGGCCCAAUCCCACCAAAUGUUGGUAUAUAUGGCCUUUUGACGGACUUUGAUGUGGGUAACAAUGAGCUCGAAGCUACAAAGCCAAGGGAUUGGGAUUUUCUAACUUCCUUAGCUAACUGCAGCAACUUAAUACACUUCAAUCUUCAACUAAAUAACCUUUCCGGCGUUUUGCCAAAUACAAUUUCCAAUCUCUCACAAGAGCUUCAAUACAUGGGAUUAGGAGGAAAUCAGAUUGCUGGGCAUAUACCAACAGGAAUAGGGAGGUAUCACAAACUAACAAAUCUUGAGUUUGCCGAUAACCUCUUUACAGGGACCAUCCCUUCAGAUAUUGGAAAGCUCUCUAACCUACACGAGCUGGUGCUAUUUCAAAAUAGGUUCCAUGGGGAGAUUCCAUCAUCACUAGACAAUAUCACUCAGUUGAAUUUGUUUCAGCUGUCUACCAACUAUCUGGAAGGUAAAAUUCCAGUAUCUCUUGGCAAUCUUAGCAAGUUAACCUCCUUUGAUAUCUCCAAUAAUCGCUUGAGUGGGCAAAUCCCACAAGAGAUCAUCAACAUUUCCUCUCUCACCCAAUUAUUUGACCUUUCCAACAAUGUAUUAAGCGGUCACAUUUCUCCACAAAUCGGACACUUGGUCAACCUUGGCACAAUUGAUCUCUCGUCAAAUAAAUUAUCAGGUGAAAUUCCCAACACCCUUGGUGGUUGCCUUGAAUUGCAGUUCCUGUACUUGGAAGGCAACCUCCUCCAAGGACAAAUCCCGAAAGAUCUCAGUGCGCUGAGAGGCCUAGAAGUGUUGGAUCUAUCUGACAACAAAUUAUCAGGACCCAUCCCUGAAUUCCUUGAGAGCUUCCACCUUCUAAGAAGCCUGAACCUUUCAUUCAACCAACUAUCUGGUCCAGUACCAAAGAAGGGCAUCUUCUCCAAUGCAAGUUCUGUAUCACUCGCAGGUAACAAUGCACUCUGUGGAGGCCCUCUAUUCUUUCAUUUCCCGGCAUGCCCAUCUCUAGCUCCUGUGAGCCCUGCACGACAUCAACUGCUGGAGAUCUUGAUCUUUUCUGUUGUGGGAGCAUCUGUCUUUGUUAUAAUUUGCACUGCUGCAUGUUACUGCGUCAAGAAGAUAAGAGCAGGCCCAGGUAGUCCUAAUCGAGAUCUUGGCAGUACAUUUCUGACUGUGAUAUAUCAGAGGAUAUCAUAUGCCGAGUUGCAUGUGGCAACAGAUUCAUUCUCUUCACAAAAUUUGAUCGGUCGUGGAAGCUUCAGUAGUGUAUAUAAGGGAACUUUGUCUUGUGGUGUAGUGGCAGUGAAGGUACUUGAUCUCCGACAACGAGGAGCCAGCAGUGGCUUCAUGUCAGAGUGCAAUGCCCUCAAAAGGAUUCAACAUCGUAAACUAGUCAAAGUUAUUACUGUGUGUGAUAGCUUGGACCACAAUGGUGUUGAAUUCAAGGCCCUUGUGUUGGAGUUUAUCUCUAACGGAAGCCUGGAUGAAUGGUUACAUCCAAGCAUAGAAAGCACUGAGAACACACAUGGGAUACUAAAUGUGGUGCAAAGGUUGAACAUUGCUCUUGAUGUUGCGGAAGCACUGGAGUAUCUUCACCAUCAUAUUAACCCUUCUAUUGUUCACUGUGAUAUUAAACCAAGUAACAUCCUUCUUGAUGAUGAUAUGAUUGCUCAUGUUGGUGAUUUUGGUUUAGCAAAGAUAAUGAAUGCAGAAGCAAGCGUGCAUUGCUUAAGUGAAAGUAGCUCUGUUAGAAUUAAAGGCACAAUUGGGUAUCUUGCACCAGAGUAUGGCAUCGGAACUGGAAUUUCUACCGAAGGGGACAUAUUCAGCUACGGUGUGCUACUGCUAGAGAUUCUUACUGGUAGAAGGCCAACUGACGCAUCGUUUUAUGAUGCUACAAGCCUUCCCAAGUAUGUUGAGACAGCCUUUCCUGAUAAGCUACUGGAAAUAAUGGACAGUAGCAUGCCACACAAUGGAAACAUCAAAGAGAUAAUAGAGUUGUUCGUUGCUCCUGUUUCAAGGCUUGGUCUAGCUUGUUGUAGAGACUCUCCAAGGCAGAGAAUGAAGAUGGGCGAGGUAGUGAAAGAAUUGACAGCCAUAAAGAAGGCAUGCGAGCGUAAAUUUGGUCCAUUUGUUGAUCAGUAAGUCAAGUGGCUAACACGCAAUGAUCUGUUACAGCUCCACUUUUUCUGGCUUCAGCAUCUCUGGUACUAGUACGCUGUGGUGGCUCAAGAUUAAGUUACUCCAUUUACCGAACAUUCUGAAAAACAAAAAACUCACACGACCUGCGAGCACUGCAUAGCCUCUCAAGCACAGGCUCUAUCAACCGAGUUAUCACUCGGUUCUCUUUAUAGAACAUUAUUAUGUAAUAUUUGCAUAGUUUUCUUCCACUUUGUGACUAAAAUGAUGUUUUCUGUCAUCAAAAUUCAGUUAUUUCAAUGUAUUGUCCAUCUUGUUACAAAAAGUUUCCAGUUAGGCCAAUGUUGGUCACUAUUUGGUUAUUUACUAGAUUGGAGACCUUCCAAGUACAAAAGAAAGUUUAAUAUCCUUUUGUUUUCACUUUACGGACAUGACAUGGUCAUGGACAGUGUUUUUUUUAAUCUUUUCUUUACCUUGUUGGACAUUACACAGAAUGUAACAGCCUAAUUUCUCAAUCCAAAAUAAAUAAAAAACUAUUUUAUAAAGAAGAUCAAUUUUUUUGCAAAA